AUGGAACAAUUGAAAAAUUUAGAGUUAAUCUCUAACUCUAACAUACCAGAGGAGCAAAAAGCUAAGAUUGUCAAUGAAAUAAGUGAAGUGUUUGAUGUUCUGAUAAAUAAUGAUGGAAAUCAAUCGCUAAUCGAGUGUUACUUGAAGGUUUUCAUGAAUUAUCUCAAAAGCACUCAAUGCCAAUUUUUUUCUGAAAGUCCAAGUCAAAAAGUCCGGAAAACAAUCUUGGAAAUGAUACAUCGUCUUCCGGUGUCUGAAAUGGUUCGUCCUUAUGUCAACAACAUUUUAAUUUUAACCCUCAGCCUGAUAAAAGAGGACAACGAAGAAAAUGUCCUAAUUUGCUUAAGAAUCAUUAUAGAUCUUCAUAAACAAUAUCGACCAGCAUUUUAUCCUCAGAUCAAAGAAUUCCUCCUUUAUAUAAAAAUGAUUUACUGCAAUCUUCCAAAUCAUAUGGACAAAAUAUUUGAUCCUCGAUUCACAAGACUCGACACUAAUAACGUAAAUAUUAAUGAUAUUUACACUGUGACCGAUAAAAUUUUACCUCUUGGUAGAAACUCUUUCAAAGUGCUCCAAGAAUUGCCGAUAAUACUUGUUCUUAUGUAUCAGCUUUAUAAGCAAAAUGUUCACGAGAAUGUUGUUUCAUUUUUGCCAGCAAUUCUCAACACAAUUACUCUUGAGCCACGACGAGAAUUCCGAGCGAUGGAAAAUUUCAACAAAGAACUUUUUGUUGAUUUUAUGGGUGCACAAAUUAAGACUCUUGCAUUUCUUGCUUACACUAUUAAAACAUUUUCGGGUGGAUUGAUGGAGAUUAUUGAAGGACAUGCCAAGACUUUAGUUGAUGGAAUGUUUUCUUUGCUUCGUUUAUGUUUGAAAGAAAGUGCACAUUUAAGGAAAGAACUAUUGGUUGCAACGCGUCAUAUUCUUGCAACAAAUCUUCGAACUUAUUUCGUACCGUCUAUUGAACUUUUAUUCGAUGAAGAUUUACUUCUUGGUCGAGGAUACACGACACAUGAGUCUCUUCGUCCACUUGCUUAUUCAACUCUUGGUGAUUUUAUUCAUCACGUUCGACAAGAUCUUAAAUUUGAUAUUCUUGUGAAAGCAGUGAAUUUGUUCUCGAAGAACAUUCACGAUGAGACCCUUCCAACAGCAAUACAAAUCAUGAGCAUCAGAUUACUUUUAAAUCUUGUCGAUUGUAUAAGAGUUCAACAACGUAACGAUCCAACUAAUAUCAUCACACCAGCAAAUCGACGAGAAGUUCUUGUUUGCAUGUUAAAAGUUUUCACUUUGAAAUUUCAUACAAUUGCAAAAGUACAAAUGCCAAUAAUCAUUCACAAGUGGAAACUUCAUCAAAAUAAUCAACAAGCGAUGUCACCAUCAGAUAUAAAAGAUUUUAUUACUGUAGAAAUUUUACCUGACACGAUAUCAAAAUUGACAAGCAUUGGCUUCACACCGCCAGCAACAUUAAAUAUUGCUGAAUAUCGUUUACUAAUAAAAUCAUUGAUAAGUGGCGUCAAAACGAUAAUUUAUGGAAUUAAUUUCAUCGACUGUGGAAAUUUACAACCAACAUCUGUAAUGCUUGCACCUCAAGAGGUUCAAAGUUUUAUUGAUUUUUUCAAUUGGUCAAUUGAAUCAUUUUAUCUUUAUCGAAUUAAUUCAAUACCAACCGUUAAUGGAAAGAGUUCCAUCAAUCCAGCUGUUCAACGAGAAGAAAAAGAAUUACUUGAGCUCUUCAGUGGACUUUUCCUCAACAUGACAAGUCAGAAUUUCCAAGAAAUCUUUACAGGGACAAUUGGAUUUCUAAUCCAAAAGAUGAUUGAUAAUCAAAAUCUUCAAGUCAUCAUCAACACUUUCCUUUCAUAUCGUUCAACUUCGCCAUUAUUUGCAACUGUUAUGGUUGAAUAUUUACUUGAGCGAAUGGAAGAAAUUGGAUCGGCAGAUGUUGAGAAAUCAAAUUUAUAUUUAAAAUUAUUUAAAUUAAUUUUCGGAAGUGUCAGCAUGUUUAAUGUUGAGAACGAGCCAAUGAUCAGACCUUAUUUACAGAAAAUUGUGUUGAAUUCAAUGGAAAUGGCAAUGAGAGCUGAAGAGCCCUUCAACUAUUUCUUGUUGUUGAGAGCUUUGUUUCGAUCAAUUGGUGGUGGCACUUACGACAUGCUUUAUCAGGAAUUUUUACCGCUUCUUCCUAAUCUUUUGGGCGGCUUAAAUCGUCUACAAAGUGGUUGUCAUAAACAACACAUGAAAGAUCUCUUCGUUGAACUGUGCUUGACUGUUCCCGUUCGAUUAUCAUCUUUACUUCCUUUUCUUCCGAUGCUUAUGGAUCCAUUAGUAUCAGCAUUGAAUGGAUCACCAAUGUUAGUCACUCAAGGACUUCGAACACUUGAAUUGUGUGUUGACAAUCUUCUUCCUGACUUCUUUUAUGACCACAUUCAGCCUGUAAGAGCUGAACUCAUGCAAGCACUUUGGAAGACAAUGAGAAGUACUGACAACUCUUCAAUGGGUGCUUUUAGAAUUCUUGGCAAGUUUGGUGGUGGAAAUAGAAACAUGCUGAUUGAACCACAAAAAAUUGAAUAUCAAAAACUAAAGAAAAAUUCAUCUGCAAUCAAAGUGAUUUAUGCUGAAACAGAAAUCAAGCUCCCCGUUCAUAAAAUCAUUGAAUUUGCUUACUCAGCUUUAAAGAAUACUUCGUCAAUGGAAACCUUUUAUUUGAAUGAAAUUUGGAAUGUUGUUCGUUGUUAUUUGGCAACCACAAUGGAUUGGAAUGAUGAUAAGUACACUUUAUAUAACUUCUUCACUCAUCACAGUUUCUAUAAUAUUCAAACAAUGACAACUUUAAACAUUCAAAUCGAUGAAUCAAAUGAGUUUGUAAACACUCAACAAGUUGCUUUAACUGCAAUGUUUGAAGCAGCUUCCAACAAAGAACUUCGUGAUUCUGUUCUUCCAACAAUGAUUGCAAUUGUUCGUCAAUACACAUUAGUUGCAAUCGCUCAACAAGCUGGUCCAUUUAAAACAGCAAAACUUCGAAUGUUUUCAAAUCCAUUGAUUUUAAUUAAUGCACUUGUGGAUUUGAUGGGAAAUGAAGAGAAAGAAGUUUCUUUGUUUGGACAAUCAAUUUUGUCUUUGAUCAUCAAAACAUCGACUUAUGUGUUGGGGACAAAAGAAAAUGUCUGUAAGCUUCCAAUGAUGCAAUAUCUCGGUGAGAAAAUAAUUGGCCUGUGUUAUGGAAAGUCUUGGUAUGCAAAGAAAGGCGGAUGUUUUGGCUUAAGAUAUCUUUGUGAACAAAUGUCAAUGAAUUGGAUUAAUUUCAAUAUUUUUCCGAUUAUUAAAGCACAUCUUUUCAUUAUAAGAGAUUUAUCAGAUGAUGUUUGUAGUGGAACAAUUGAUCUCGCAAUGUCAAAUAUUGAAUUUAUCCUAAAUAAGUUUAUUGGAUAUUUAAAAACAGCAACUCAUGAUGCAAAUGCCUUGAACACCCACAAAACUAUUGUUAAUGAAUUUGUGUUGCAAACACCAAAUCCACAUAAAUUAAUUCGUCAAAUAGCGACAAAAGCACUUCGUCAAAUUGCCACAAUUCAGAAGAUUCCUGUUGCAACAUUAUUGGAGCCAUUCAAAAACUUCUUCACUGAAAUGAUUGUCUCUUCACAAACCAAAACUUACUUACGACAUCAACCUUUGACAACUCAAAUUGGAAUUCUUGAAGCAAAUCAUUUUGUGACUUCACUUGAACCGAAAUUAAUGAAAUUUGACAAUUAUCAGUUUUUGACUGAUGUAAAGAUCAUAAUAAAAUGUGACGAUGAUACGAUGAGUAGAUUUGAUGCUUAUAAGGAUGUGAAACAACUUCCCGAACUUCGAGAAACAGCAAUGAAAGUUCUCGUUUCAUGGCAUUACAUUUAUCAUAUGCAACAUUAUGACACGGAAAAAGUUAAAAAUGUCAACUUUUGUGAAGAAGCUUUUGUGACACUUUUCAAAGCAAUGGAAAGUUAUCCAUCACUUCAAGAUAUUGCAUUUGAUUGUUUGAAGAGAUUAACAAUUGAGUGUAAGGAAAAAUCUGAAACUGGAUGGCCGAUUCAGAAUUCAUUAGAUUCAUUAGGUGACUACAUGAGUUGGACUUUAAACAGCAUAAAAAGGCUUUCAUUCUACAGUUUAUUGUAUCCGAAAGUCUUCACUGAAAAAACUUGCGAACAACUUCUUGAAAUUGUUAAGAAACUUCUUCAAAAUUCAAUCACAGCAAACAAAGAUCAAAACUAUUUGAAAAUAGCAAAAACAGGAGAAAAUGAACUUAAAAUUGCAUCGAUAAUUGAGUUAUUUCAUCAAAUACCAGCAGCAACAUCUAAAUAUGUCGUGUUGUUAUUAAGAUUAGUUCUUGCAACUGAAGAAGGAAUUUCACUUGAAUCUUCGAGUCCAUAUCGAGGUCCAUUAAUGAAAUUUUUAAUUCGAUAUCCCGAAGAAACUGUCAACUUCCUAAUGACUGAUGAAGCCAUUCGACGUCCACAAUUUAAUAGAUUCAUGAUUUAUUUGCUGAAACAUAAAGACGGUGCAACGUUCAAAAACAUUAUGGAAAGCAAAGCAAGUCGAUUACAGGAAUUGAUCAUUAACGACAGAAGUAAUUAUCGCGGUGGAAGUCAAUUGGCAAUGUACACACCAAAAGAUGAAUACGAAUCUAGACAUCAAGCUGUGUUAAUUGUUCAUACACUCAUCGGUCUUAAUGAUCAAUGGUUACCAACUCAAAUGAUCAUUGUCAAUGCACUUAAUCAAAUUUGGACAAAUGAAUUGCAAAAAGUCAACGAUCAGAAUGUCGUUUGUGAUCUAUGGCACUUAAUUGCAAAAAUCCUUCUUCAUUACUUUGAACAUAAUCCAGCAGAUAUAAAUUUACUUUAUCAACUCCUAAAAGCAUUCAACAUGAGAUUCGUUCCAGACUUUCAGUUUCUUCGUGAUUUCUUGCAUAACAUUGUUUGUGAAAACUAUACAGUUGAUUGGAAAAGAAAUGCUUUCUUCUUAUUCGUUGAUUAUUUUGGUCGAGCAAACACUACUGUCGAUUUGAAAAUAAAAAUUCUUACAAUGAUUAUUAUACCAAGUUUCGCAAUAAGUUUCGAGAAGGGCGAGGAGAACAGACUCAUUCGUGGCGUGACACAAGAUGAGGAGAGUAAUGUUAUUUCAGUAUUCAUCAACAAGAUCGUUAAUCCAUUUAUGAUGAAAGAAAGUGAUGAUGGAUUACGCAUAGCGUUACUUCAAUUUGCUUGUUUAUUAGUUGAACGUGCUUCAGCUCAUAUUCAUAGUAACAAAAAAGAAGAUAUUCGUCUAUUAACAACAUUUGGAUACUCAAGUUUACUGCAUUCUAAAAACUAUUGGGAUCCAACAGCAAUCUAUAAUGGUCAUCUUCUUCUGUCACACAUUAUUGCGAGAUUAGCAAACAAAAAAUCAUGGCAAGAAGUUGUAUUCAAAGUUUUUCAUUCACUUCUUAAGGCACACGCAAUUGAAGCUCGUCAUAUUGUACGGCAAACAUUGGAAGUUUUUAUGCCGAUGAUGCCUUUGAAGUUAAAUGAAUCAAAUGUGUCGCUUAUAAAUUUAACAAAAUCUGUGAUCAUCAAAGACGGUUAUGCAAUCCUACAAUUGUAUCACGUUUUCCAAGUCAUCAUUCGUCAUCACACAAUUUAUUACCCCGUUCGACAUCAACUGAUUCAAAACAUGAUCAGUUCAAUGCAAAGACUUGAAUCAUCAAAUUCUGUUGACUAUCGAAAGCUUGCAAUUGAUAUUGCUGAAGUUAUAAUUAAUUGGGAAUUGAGACGGAUCAAAGAAUCAACAGAAGGCGAAGAGAAAAUUUCAGAAAGUGGUGGAGUUAAAAGAUCACUUCAUGAAGUUCUUCAAAUGCCUUUGAAAAAGCAAGCAAUUGGUGAGAAUUCACCACAACCAGGAACAUCGCAGCAAAUUGAUGACACAAUUAAUAAACCAAUUGAAUGGAAUCAUUGCAAGUCAGUCAUAAAUUUCCUUUUCGAUCUAUUGUUCUUGUUGAGUGAAUUAGUCACACCAGUAACAAUGACCAGCACAUCUUUAUCACCAAACGAAGUCAUUUCCAAACUCAGCCUAAAUUUAUUGAAGAAAGUCUUGAAGAAAGAUGUUUGGAUACGUCCUGAGGAAGAUUUACAAUUUACGAGAUUUGGAAAAGUGUUUGAAGAUCCAUCGCGUGUUAGUAGCGUAACGAUUUGUAAUUUCCUUGAAAUAUUCAUUCAUCUUCUUGAUGAAUUAGACAACAAUAAGAUUCUUUCAAUUCUACGAAGUCUUCAACCAGGUCUUGCAAUUUGUGUCACCAGCACAACAACGAAAGUUCUUCGUCUUAUGUCAACUUUCUUAUCAAAGGUCAUCAGUUUGUUUCCUGUUGAAACUUACAUUAACUAUGAUGAUUUGAGAUUUCUUUAUCAAACUGUUGAGAAAACUAUUAGAAAUGGGUUGGAAGUGUUUGAGAAAGACAAUGAAACACCAACAGCUUCAUUCUUCGGAACUUUUCUUAUUCUGAAAACUGCUUUCUCCAACAAUUCUGUAUAUUUUGAGAAAUUCGUGGAGAAAUUCACAAGAUUUGUGGCUUUAUUGAAGAGUGAACAUAUCAAUGUUAAUGUACAACUUCAAUCAACAUUGCAAGCUUCAACACCAAACAUGGAAUUAACAAAGGAAAUGCUGCUGCAGUCACUUCAACUUCUUAAGAAUCAUUUGAAAGUUAUGAGCGUGGAUACAAGAAAAACUUUCAUUAAUUUAAUUCUCGUUGAGUUGAUUGAGAAAAGUAACGACCCGAGAAUUAUUAAAACAAUCAUUCAAGUCAUCGACAGUUGGUUUAAAAUGAAAAAUCCCGAACUGGAACCGACGCUGAGAGAGAAAAUUUUAUUGUUACAAAAGUUGACACAUCACAUCGAGUCAAGAUUUAGCUCUGAAGCGUCAUUGAAUAUUCUAUUCCUUGAAUUGAUUCUCAUGAUUUACUCUGAUCCUAUGUUGAAUACGAUAGAUCUGACAUCGAAAUUAGAUCAAGCAUUUCUUUCUGGAUUGCGAAGUUCUCAAUCUGACAUUCGUCAAAAGUUCUUUAAAUUCUUUGAUAAAACUGUUGAACGAAAUCUUUAUGAUCGUUUGUUGUACAUUUUAAGUACCAAAGCUUGGGAUUCAAUUGGCAAUCAUUAUUGGAUUAAACAAUGUAUUGAACUUCUAAUUCUUUCGUCAAAAUCCAAGCAACAAAUUUCAAAUGUUGAAACUUCUCAAAUGAUUCCCAGCAUCACAGCAGGAAUAAAUUUUGUGACUCCCGAUGAAGUGAAAGCUUUUUAUGAUCAUGCAGAGAUGAAUCAAGUUGUGAAUUUCAUUGAUGAGAAUGAGAUUGAUGAAUUGAUUGAAGCUGGAAAUAUAAUUAGUGAUUUAGAAUGUGAGGAUAUGCCAACAAAUCGCGAAGAAAUUUUAAAGAAAAUUAUCAAUUCACAAUUGAAAUUUCUAAAAUCAAAUCGAGAUAUUAAGACAGAAGAAUUUUUAAGUGCUGCAGUCCAACUUUGUCAUCUAGAUUCAAAACUUGCCGAAAGUGUUUGGAUAGAAACUUUUCCUCGUUUAUGGACGGCGUUGGAUGAUAAUCAGAAGGAAAAUGUCACAAAGGAAGUUAUUCCAUUUUUAUCAGCUGGAACUAAAGUUAAUGUUAAAGAAAGUCACAUCAGUGCUGUGAAUACUUUCACUCAAUCGUUGACACUUUGUGACCCACCAGUUUUCAUCCCACCAAGUUUAAUGCGAUCACUUUCAAAAGCUCACAAUUUAUGGCAUCGAAUGGCUUUAGUUGCUGAAGAUAUGACUGAAGAAUUCUCGAAAAAAGUUAUUCCACGGGAAAAUGAAUUUGGUGAUGAAAAUAAUGAUGAUGAUGAUGAUGAUGAUAAUGAAACAUUGAAUGAAAUUAUUGAAUCGUUAUCGUCAAUGUAUACGUCACUUCGUGAAGAAGACAUGUGGGCUGGUUUGUGGAAGAAACAUGCAAAAUAUUCCGAAACAAAUGCUGCAAUCUUUUAUGAGCAAAUGGGAUAUUUCGAUGAAGCGCAAAUAGUUUACGAAACUAUCAUGUUUAAAUGUAAACAAGAAAUAUCAAAUGGACUUGAUACGACCGGAAUUAACGCAGAAAUACAAUUAUGGCAAGAACAUUGGAUUAGAUGUACGAAAGAGUUGAAUGAUUGGAAUCUUUUAAUCAGUUAUGGACAACGUCGUCGUGAUAAAUACGCAUUUCUCUUAAUGGAUUGCGCUUGGCGUAUUUCUGAUUGGAAUUUAAUGAAACAAAAUUUAUCUCAAGUUGAACAAAUAACAUCGAAACUGUCAAAUUACAAACUUAAUCUUUAUAAUGGUUAUGUUGCUGUGUUGAGUCAGAAAGAGAAUCCAGUGAUGGUCGGUAAACAUAUUGAAUUGGCAUCAUUGGCUUGUUUGCAAGAAUGGCGACGAUUACCAAAUAUCGUGUCACAUAUUCAUAUACCAAUCUUACAAGUUGCACAACAAAUCAUGGAAUUACAAGAAGCAAGUCAAAUUCAUCAAGAUUUACAACGAAAACAAGCGCUUCCGUUUCAUGACAUGAAAAGUAUUGUGAAAACAUGGAAGAAUCGUUUACCGAUUAUUGCUGAUGAUUUAACACAUUGGAACGACAUUUUCACAUGGCGGCAACAUCAUUAUCAGUUGAUAACUGAGUCAACUGGAACUAACAUGUCAAUAGCAAACCUUGGUUCACAAGCUUCAUCACAAGCAACGAUUCAGUUUGGAAAGAUCGCAAGAAAGCAAAACAUGUUGAGUGUCGCUCAAAAGUCACUUCGAGAAGUCGAAAAUAUUAUUUUGCCAGCUGAUUGUUAUCAAAAGAUUAUUCAGAAUGUUAAAUGUCUCAUUCAACAAGCGCAAUCUUCUGAAGACUCGCAAAAUAUUUUAUGUGAUGGAUUGAAGACAAUCGAGUCAUGUAACAUCGAGAUUUUUCAAAAUGAUCAUAAAGCUUCACUUUAUGCUUAUAAAGGAUAUUUAUACACUUAUCUUUCCCGUUCAAUUGAUGCUAAUAAAUCGUUUUCACAUGCUGUUGAUCUUUGUGAUAGUUCAAACAAAGCUUGGGGAUUGUAUGGCGAAUAUUUGGAAAUGAUUUUUCAAAGAAAUCCCAAACUUACAUCGUUGGGUGUGUCAGCUAUGACUUGCUUCUUCCACGCAGCUCGUGAUCAAAGUGAAACGAAAACAAGAAAAUUCUUAGCGAAAGUUAUUUGGCUGUUGACGUAUGAAGAGACGAGAACUGAAAUGUUGAAAGUUUUCGAGAGUUACAUGCUUGGUGUACCGACAUUGAAUUGGCUUUCAUGGAUUCCGCAAUUGUUAAAUUGUUUGGUGCAAUAUGAAAGUGUCGUUAUCAUGAAUCUUCUUAAUCAAAUAGCGAAAAUUUUUCCGCAAGCUGUUUAUUUUCCCAUUCGAACACUUUACUUGAUGUUAAAGUUAGAACAACGAGAACGCCACAAAUGUAUUGAGCAAGCGAAACUUUUGCAAGGUGGUGGCGAACAAAACGAUCAACAACCUGGAACUUCAUUAAACUCAAAUAUUGGUGGAGCGAUGAAAUCAACAUCAGCGAUGUGGCGAUGCUCCAAGAUCAUGCAAUUGAUUAGAGAAUUUCAUCCUACUGUUGUUUGUUCUCUUGAAGGAAUUUUAGAUCAGUUAGUGUCGAAGACAGAAGUUGAAGGAGUUCGUUGGUUCCGUGAGAAUGCUUUCGAAGAGAAUCUUCAUCAACUUAAACAGGGAUUAGAGAAAUUCUAUGCAAUUGCUUUUGAUAAUCGUGGAAUCAUCAAUCAAGCGACAAUAACACAACCAACACUGAAUUUAGUCAAGAAAUUAGUUUCAAAUUUCACUCAAGUUUCUGAGAGUACAUCGGAAGUUAUUUUACUUGAUCCUGUUUUUACUUCAUUAAGAAUGCAAUUUGCGAGUGGAUUUGACUUCGUAACACCGGAAAAUAAUAAGCUUCUUGACUUAAUUAAUCGCUUGAAAGCUUGUAUUAAAGUUAUGGAAGCGAAAGUUCGAACACUUCCUAAAUCAUUUGUCGUCGAAGAGAAGUAUAGAUUUUUAUCAAACUUUAGUCAAAAGGCAGCUGAAGUUGACCUUCCUGGUGAACUUUUACUUCCACGCCACUCUCAUUACAAUGUGAAGAUUGCACGAUUCAUGCCACUUGUAGAGAUUGUUCAAAAGCACAACACAUCAGCAAGAAGACUUUAUAUUCAAGGCACAAAUGGAAAGAUCUACCCUUAUUUGGUAGUGAAUGAUUCGGGAAUGAUCGAUGCCAGAAGAGAAGAACGAAUUCUUCAAUUAUUCCGAAUGCUCAACAGUUACUUAGCAAAGACAAAGGAAACAAGCAAAAGAUUCUUAAACAUAACAGUUCCACGUGUUGUUGCUGUUCUACCACAAAUGCGAUUAGUUGAAGAUGACACUUCAAGUAUUUCACUACUCGAUGUGUUUAAGAAUCAUUGUGCCAGUUCAAAAAUCGAUUAUGAUGCUCCAAUUAUGAAAUAUUAUAAAAGAUUGGGAGAUAUUCAGAAACGUGGUGCACAUAACACUCAAUUAACACUUUCCGAUAUUUUUAAAGACAUUCAAACAAAUACGAUUCCGAAGACAGUUUUUAAAGACUGGGCGACGAGAACAUUCAAUUCAGCGACAGAUUAUUGGACGUUUAGAAAGAUGUUCACCCUACAAUUGUCGUUGUGUUGCAUUCUUGAGUAUGCUUUUCAUUUAACAAGACUCAACGCUGACAUGAUGUACUUGCAUCAGGAUUCAGGACUUUUAAACGUUUCGUACUUUAAAUUCGAUCUUGAUGAUGUCAACGGUGAAUUCAAUAAAAUGCGACCAGUACCGUUCCGUUUGACACCAAAUAUUGUUGAGUUCUUGACAAACAUCGGAAUUUCUGGUCCACUUCAAGCUUCUGUUAUCGCAACUGCGCGAUGUUUCUUGCAACCUAACUUCCAGUUAAUGUCCAUUCUACGAACGAUUCUACGUGACGAGAUCAUCACAAUUCAUCGGAAACAAAUCAUGAACACUAGGCCAAUUGAUCCCAACGAAGAUUUGUCGAUUGAUAAAAGUUACAUCGAUAUAAAUGCUCAACAUUUAAUCAAAGCAGUGUCAUCAUCAGUGGCAGCUAUCAAAACUCGCUUAUCUGAAUUAAUGUUCUACGAUCAAGAUGAAGAAACAAAAAUUUCUCAACUCAUCACCAAAGCAUCGAGUCAUAACAACUUAAGUCGAAUGGAUCCAGCAUUUCAUCCUUGGUUUUAAUUUUAUUUCUUUUCAUGUUAAUUUUUACUAAUUUUAUUUAAUUAAAUAAACAAAUCAAAUGACUUAUUCAAUAUUUAAAUCUUUAUCUUGUUAAACUUAAAUAAUCCAAUUGAUUGAUGUUAUAAAACUUAAAAUGAAAAUCAGAAAUGAAAAUUUAUUGUUUUUGGCUGUAUUAUUGUGACAUUGGGGAUUUUUAAGGAACUCAUCUGGUCCUAUACAAGCUGCAUACAUAAUAGCAUGUGCGAUAUAAU